AUGGAAGAGGGAAGCAUCUUCUGGUCCAAUCUCUCCGUCACCGUUGGGACCAAUGUGCUCGUAGAGCCGCAUUCUGGGCUUGCCCGUGCUGGGCGAUGCCUUGCUGUCAUGGGCCCAUCGGGUGCUGGCAAGUCGCUCCUGCUCCACAGCUUGGCUGGCCUAGCCCCGGCGAAUGCUCGUGUGUCGGGCACGGUUUGCGAUGGCUCUGGCAACUGUCGGCGCUGGGGAAGCGAAAUGGCUCCGAAAGCCGCCAUGCCGAAGGCACCGGCGGGACCAGCGCGCAGCACUCCUCCUCCCGAGGCUCCAGAGGAGACAGGGGACGACUAUGACAUGCCUGUGAUCGUCAAAGUGCGACCCGACGAUCAGUUGGAUCUGAGCCCAGAGGAGCUGGAGAAGGACGUUCCACCACGAGUACUGUACGCACUAAACCCCAGGGCUCCACACAACACGACCCAGUUCUCCUUCAAGGAGAAGUGCUUCAAGACGGAUGAGCAGGUAGAUCAGGUGGUCAUGCAUUUCAGCAUGGAUGGUGGCAUCCUUCUGAAAGACAGCCCAGAAGCGCAAGAUCAAGACGAGGUUCUGGACAAGAAACAGCAGGAGCAGACUGAAAAAGAUAGCCAAGAGGCGAUCGAUGAAGAUUUUGACCCUCCGGAAAACGAGAAGGAAAUUCCGAAAAAGAAUCCUCUCCGCAACCAGUUCAACUUCAGUGAGCGAGCUGCCCAGACGAAGAACCACUUGCUACGAGACCGCUCGUGGACAACACAGCCACCGCCCACGACUCGAAAUUACGGUACUGUUACACAGUGGGAGAUUUUCGACCAGUACAUGGCAGACAUCGAGGCGGCAAAGGAGAAAGAGAAAGAAGAGAAGACGAAGUCCAAGAUCUCGUACGAGGAUCUGACGGAUGCCAAAAAGAAGAAGGGCGACACAGACCCUACCUACUCGGAAAACAUGAAGCUCUCGAUCAAGAUCAUGGAGCGCAUGGUCAACCAGAAUGCAGAGAACGAAGUCUACCAUGACUUCAAGUUCUGGGAGGAUCGAAGUGACGAGUUUCGUGAUGGCGAAGGGACGCUGCUGCCGUUGUGGCGUUUUUCGUCUGAGAAGGCAAAGAAGAAGCAGGUCACCUGCAUCAAAUGGAAUCCGCGAUACAAUGACCUUUGUGCUGUGGGCUUUGGUUCCUAUGACUUCAUGCGACAGGGCACAGGGGUCAUCUGUUGCUACUCAUUGAAGAACACACGCUUCCCCGAGUAUGUGUUCAAUACCGACGCCGGCGUUUGCUGCCUCGAUUGGCAUCCUGCUCAUCCAGCGGUUUUGGCUGUCGGACUCUAUGACGGCACGGUGCUCGUCUAUGAUGUCCGAGCGAAGACUAAGAAGCCCAUAUACCAAAGCACCGUUCGAACCAACAAGCACACGGACCCUGUGUGGGAAGUGCGCUGGAAUGAUGACGAAUCAGCUGGGGCCAUGAACUUUUAUUCCAUCUCCUCAGAUGGACGAGUUUCGAACUGGUUCUUGUUGAAGAACAAGCUGGAGAGCGAAGAGGUGAUGGAGCUGAAGCUUAUAUCCGCAGCUGCGGGUGAGGACGAGACAACCUUGGCAGGUCUUGCGGGAGGCCUUUGUUUCGACUUCCGAGGUGGUAAGGAUAACCACCUCUUCUUGGUUGGAACUGAAGAAGGACGCAUCCACAAGUGCUCCAAGGCAUUCAGUGGCCAGUACCUCGAAACGUACGAGGGUCAUACCAUGGCUGUCUACACGGUUCGCUGGAAUCCUUUCCACGACAAAAUAUUUAUCUCCGGAUCGGCCGACUGGACAGUAAAGCUUUGGAAUCACGAAAGUCGCCAGGCAAUCUUAUCCUUCGAUUUAGCGCAAGCAAUUGGAGACGUGGCCUGGGCGCCAUAUUCCUCCACCACUUUUGCCGCCAUCACAUCUGAAGGCGCAGGUGGUUCGACCAGUGGCGUGGUCCAUCUCUACGACCUGCAUGUGGACCGCAACAACCGCAUUUGUGAGCAGAAAGUCGUCAAGCGAGCGAAGCUGACACAUGUUGCAUUCAGCUCUAGUGAGCCCAUCAUCAUCGUCGGAGAUGAUCGUGGGGGGGUGAACACCUUGAAGCUGUCACCGAACUUGAGGGCGGGGGUCGUUCGAACAGAGGACACUGACCCUAAUCUGACAGACUGGGAUCUUCAGAUCCAAAAGAUGGAGCAUUUGAUGGAGAUGGUCACGGAGACCAGGCCAGCAUAG